AUGGCAGCAAUGCUAGUUCGUAGUGCCUUAUCUUGUUCAUCACGUUCAUUAAUAUUAUUUACUUUCGGUUGUACAUUAGCUGUCGUAUUAAUGACUUUUCAAUAUGAACAUAAAUUAUUAUUAUUUAAUUCUCCUCGUCUUAUGCUUACUUUACCUGCUUUGAGUCUCAUUUCUGUAUGUGGUCUUGGUGCUGUUUUAGUUGAUCUUCUUUAUCCAAUGCUUGUAACUUCUAUUGAUCAAACAUCUAUGUCUACAGAUAAUGAUGAUACUAUGCAAAAAUCUCGAAUUUGUAAAUCAUUAGUAAUAUUUGUUGGUAUCAAUCAUUUAUGUGCAAAAAUUACAUUUCAAAGUGAUCUUCAUUUUUCUAUUACAGUAGUCUGUUUAUGUAUAGCAUUUUGGUGGUGGUUUGAUAGAAGUAUAAUUGGUUUUACUUUUUCAAGUAUUGUAUCAUUUAUAUUAACCAUGAUUACAGAAAUUUUAUUACGUGCUGGUGCAUUAGAAUAUACAAAUUCGGAUUUUUAUUUAAAAACAUGUGUACCUUGUCUAACAUUUGCCGGUGCUAUUCUUAUUAUACAAAUAACAAAGCUUUUAUCUCGAGAUAAUCAAUCACUAACAUCGAGUAGUCAAAUCGAACAAGAACAUAUAAAGAAUGAAUAA